AUGGAAGUAGUCAACAAAGAGGAAGAAAAGGAAGAGAUGGGAUCAUCGGGACUCAUCCCUAACUGGACAGAGUUGACUCGGGAAUGUCUCAUCAAGAUAAUGACACGGCUGAGUCUGGAACAAAGAUGGCUCGGACCGAUGCUCGUCUGCAAGACCUGGAUGCACGCAUGCCAAGAUCCGUUGCUCAACUCUGUCGUCGACCUUGAAACUCAGUUUCUGUCGACUCCCCCAUCGGCCAGCAGGUGGAGUCCCGAGUUUGAGGCAAAGGUCGACUCGAUUAUCCAAUCUGUAGUCGAUUGGAGCGAAGGAGGUCUUAAGGAGAUUCAGGUCAGGCACUGUUCAGAUCGCUCUAUAUCUUACGUUGCUGAGAGGUGUCCUAAUCUAGAGAUUCUUUGUAUUAAGACUUGCCCCAACGUUACAGAUGAAUCAAUUAUGAUGAUAGCCUCGAACUGCCCAAAGCUUAAGAAUCUUGAUACAAGUUACUGUCAUGGUAUAUCUCCCGAGUCAUUAAAAGUUGUGGCCAUGAACUGCAAAAACAUUGAGAUCCUGAAAUGGAAUCUACAUAGCUGGUUAGAUCAUCCUCCCCAGUACAUGCCACGCGAGUAUCUGAGUAGUAUGCCUCGAAACGGGAACAUGGAGGCUGAAAUAAUUGGGAGACUUAUGCCUCAGCUGAAACACCUGGAGCUUCGAAGCUCUGAGUUGGAUGCUGAAGGUCUUGCGUUGAUUUGCCAAGGAUGUUCCAAUCUAGAGUACCUGGACUUAUACGGGUGUAUGUGUUUGGCACGCUGUCAUAUAACUGAAUGUAAACGGAGCUUGAAAUUUUUAAAGGAGAUCAAGAUACACUCGCGCACAGUCUGGAGUGGUCCGCUUAGAGGGGGCACGCUAGCAUUAGCACGGAAUCGUUCUCUUCUCCGUCGUUUGGAUUCUUAUUUAACAAAAACGAUGGACAAGGUGUCCAAAAUGGCUGAAGGAUCAUCCUUCCACACAACAGCAUCAUAUGAAAACACUUUGGCCAAAGAGGUAACCAACUGCUCAUGA